CUCUUCUUGUCAACCUUCAGUGGAACAAUGGCCGCCGACGUGCUCGCUGGCUGCCGGCCAACAUGCGGCAACAUCACCGUCCCAUAUCCUUUCGGUCUCACCGAUGGUUGCUAUUCUCCAGGCUUCAAGAUGACCUGCAACGAGACCUAUGACCCACCAAAGCUCUUCAUGAGCACUGGUAAUAUUGAGAUCUCUAAACUCUCAUUUGACAACGUGCUCAUGCAAGGCUGGAUAGCUCGUGACUGCUAUGACGAGCUCAACUCUCCAACCCACGUCUGGACUAACCUCAUCAACACCCCUUAUACCUUCUCCUUCACUAGCAACAAGUUCACAGCCAUUGGUUGUGACACUUUGGCUCUUGUCUAUCGUCUUGGCAAUGUUAUUGAUUUCACUAGUGGUUGUAUCUCCCUCUGCCAUGAUGAUACUAAUGUUGUUAAUGGCUCUUGUUCUGGGAUUGGUUGCUGUCAGACCUCCAUUCCUAGAGGGCUUCAGAGAUUUGACACGUUGCUUGGUGUUAUGGCUAAUCAUAGUAGGACUUUGAGUGUUAGUCCUUGUAGUUUUGCUUUCUUGAUUGAUCAGGAUCAGUUUGAGUUUAGUGUUUUGGAUUUCACUGGUUUUCGGAAUAGAAAUAGAGUUCCGAUUGUGCUUGAUUGGGCUGUUGGUAACCAGACUUGUGCAGAAGCCAGGCCGUCGCCGGAGUUUCUAUGCUCCGGGCCAAACACUAACUGCACGGACUCUACUAAUGGUCCUGGUUAUAAGUGUAGUUGUAAUAAAGGUUAUGAAGGCAAUCCUUACCUUGUUGAAGGUUGUCAUGAUAUAAAUGAGUGUGAAGAUACGAAGAAUGGGCCAUGUGUGGGUAUUUGUACUAAUACGCCAGGGAGUUAUACAUGUUCUUGUUCACCUGGUUCAACUGGAGAUGGCCGGAGAGACGGAAGUGGCUGCACAUCACUGUCUUCGUCGAGUAAAACAUUUCCAAUAGUUAAGGUUGUGCUAGGUUGUGGAUUAGGAUUCUUGGCUGUGCUGGUUAGUGCUUCUCUGUUAUACUGGGGAUUGAAGAGAAGAAGAUUAAGUCAAUUAAGAGAGAGGUUUUUCAAGCAAAAUGGAGGAUGGUUGUUGCUCCAAAGACAGGUAAAUUCACAAGAAGAAGCUGCUGCAGAGAGAGCUGCAAGGAUUUUCACCGCUGAUGAACUCCGCAAAGCCACAAACAACUACAACCAGAGCCAUAUCAUUGGCAAAGGAGCCAAUGGAGUUGUCUACAAAGGCAUUCUACCAGACAACAGAGAGGUUGCCAUCAAGAAAUCCAGAGUCAUGGAUCCAGGCCAAGUUGAACAAUUCAUCAAUGAAGUGGUUAUCCUCUCCCAAGUCAUUCACAGGAAUGUAGUGAAGAUGAUUGGUUGUUGCUUAGAAACAGAGGUUCCAUUGCUUGUCUACGAGUUUAUAUCCAAUGACACACUCUCCAGCCAUCUCUACGGACCUGGAAACUUUGCAUCUCUUUCCUGGGAAUCAAGGUUGAGAAUAGCCUGUGAAACUGCAGGUGCACUUGCAUAUCUCCACUCUGCCACCACAAGACCCAUAAUUCACAGAGAUAUCAAGUCAUUAAACAUACUGUUAGAUCAAAACUUUACUGCUAAAGUCUCAGACUUUGGUGCAUCCAGAGUGAUGCCAAUGGAUGAAGAUUAUAUAUCAACACUGGUGCAAGGAACACUAGGAUACUUAGAUCCAGAGUACUUCCACACUGGCUUGCUAACAGAGAAGAGUGAUGUGUAUAGCUUUGGAGUUGUACUUGUGGAGCUGAUAACAGGACAACCACCGGUGUCAUCCGAUAAACCAGAAGAAGAAAGAAGCUUGGCAAACUUCUUCCUAAUAAACAUGGAGAGAAACCAAGUGUUUGGGAUACUAGAGCCAAGGGUGGUAAAUGAGGGGGAUACUGCACAGCUCAAAGAAGUUGCAGAGCUUGCUAGGAGAUGCUUGAGUCUCACUGGAGAAGAGAGACCAACAAUGAAGGAAGUGGCUGGUGAGUUAGAGCAGGCAAAGAGGUAUCAGAUGCAGCAUCCAUGGGUUGAAGAUAAUGGUGAAACAUUAGAAGGUGGCAGGCUGUUAACAAGGGAUGGGUCUUGGUCAUCAGCUUCAUUUGCUAGUGCUACUAAUCCAAAUGAUGAGAGUGAUGCAAUGUUAGCCAUCUCUUGAUUUGUAAAACUACA